CCGCUUUCCUCGAGAUAUAAGGACCUUGAAGCCACCGAUUUUACUAGACCAAAGCAUCGACCACCGGCCACUUUGGAGGACGUGAUCACCAAGCUCAACCGUGCUUAUGACGCUGACAAGCAUAUCAAGGAUUCGACAAAGAAGCUGAGCAAAUCAUCAGCGACAGUGAAUGGCUCUGCAACGUCUUCUGCUGAACGAAAGAAUAGCAGCUCGCUCCACUUCGUUCUCGCAUUCCUGCGCUUUCUAUUGGGGAUCUGCAAUAUGCGCUUACCCUCCCUGUUCGUCCACAAGCCACUUCUGAAGGAUAUCUCAGCUACCAUCCAGCAACUUGAUACCCGUCUCGAGCAAGCAACCUUCUUACCAAACCAGUUUGAUGUCGUCCACCGACUACCCCGCACGGACAUGGCUUAUUCUGCGGCUCAAUACAUCAAUUUCUACAACUGCAUCUGGCUUAUCCUGAACGACAUCAUAGUUGGCGUUGCGUUUGGCGCGUUCCUGAACGAGAACUCUCAAUAUUUAGGCCAUCUUUUGUGGUUUUAUACAAAGGUCUAUGCUGUGGAUCUGAUCCGUGACACCUUGUUCUGGCUAGAUGACUGGCCCGUUGGUUUGAAACUCAAUACCGAGCUUAGCCGUUUCAUCUGCCUAUCCUUUAUUGGCCUGACCGGUGCCUUCGAAGUUUGCUUAAAUAUCCUCGGCCCAUAUUUUCCCAUAGUCGUCUACGUCAUUGGUUCUUCUGGCACGAUGGGGCUUACCAUGACCCUAUCUCUUCUGUCGGAUCUGUUGUCGCUCCUGUCUCUGCCGCUGUAUUUCUCCUAUAUGACGGUCACCACCGUCUUCAGCGCUAUGCUGAGCACGUCGUACUCGUUAUUCAACAUUUUCAGAGGAAAGAGGAAGAAUAUUCUCCGAAAUCGUGUGGAUUCUAUGGAAUACGACCUUGACCAAGUCCUCCUUGGGACGAUCCUAUUCACGCUCGUCGCCUUCUUGUUCCCCACCGUCCUAGCGUAUUACGCCUUCUUCGCCGCAGUUCGCAUCGCCAUCAUAUUGAUGCAUGCUAGCCUCGAGACGUCGCUCGCGUUUAUGAACCACUUUCCUCUCUUCGUCCUCAUGUUGCGCGUGAAGGAUCCAGCUCGACUUCCCGGUGGGAUACAAUUCGAAAUCUCCGCUCCUAAGGGUGAUGUACCAUCAGCAUUAAUAUUGAAGAAUACCCCGAUAGCCUUUGGCCAGAUCUUCUUCCAGCAUUUCCUUCUAUGGUCCCGCCUCUCAGCUCACUACCACCCCAUCCGAUUGCUCAAAUGCCUAGUGUCAGGCGUCGUCAUCUCCCCCAUUCCCAGAUAUUCCAUACGAUACAGCAUGAUACCACACCAGGCCUCUCUGCCUGCACGGGACAAGUCAAAAGUAGACUAG